AUGGCUCCCAAAUCUCUUGACCUCGUCGCAGACGACUACCACUUCCUAUCAUCCCAGUUCACAAAGCCCAUCGUUCUCCCAUCACUUGACCUCUCCUCAAGCACCAUCAUAAUCACCGGCGCAAAUACAGGCAUCGGCUACACAACCGCCCAAAAGCUCCUCUCUCUCAACCUCAAGCGUCUCAUCAUCGCAGUACGAUCGCUCUCAAAAGGUGAAUCCGCUGCAUCUUCCCUGCGGUCUCAAUAUCCCAAAUCUGAAAUCCUCGUUUGGGAAGUCGACAUGCUUUCAUACAAAAGCGUGCAGUCUUUCGCGGAAAAGUGCAAGACCUUGGAUCGUAUUGAUCUUGCAAUUUUGAACGCUGGAGCACAGUUUACGAGAUUUGAACUUGGACCUGAGGGCCACGAGAGUUCAUUUCAGAUCAAUUAUCUUUCGACGAUUCUGCUAGCUACGCUUUUGUUGCCUACGCUUAAAGAAAAGGCGCCGAGUGGUCAAGCUGGUCGUUUGACCAUCGUCAAUUCAGGAACGUCCCUUAUGGCCGAAUUUCCCAACGCCAACGAUGACGAGGUCCUAGCAUUCUACGAUGACAAGAAGCAUUUCUCAGAGGGGUUGAAUCCCAUGCCUUCAUACGCCAAACACAAAGCCCUCGCUCAUUUCUGGAUCUACAAGCUCUACGAACGUCUUUCUCCCAAAGAUGUGAUCGUCAAUCUCGUUGAUCCAGGUUUAGGUAGAAAUACAGGUCUUCAACAGCAGGGGAAUGUUGCAGUUCAGUAUGUCGCUGCUGUUAUGAAGUGGUUUGUUGCGAGGAGUUUGGAACAAGGUGCGGAUACGCUUGUUCAAGCUGGUUUGGUUCUGGGGGAGGAGAGUCAUGGAUCAUACAUUAUGGAUUGGAGGAUUCAUCAUUUUACCAAGUUCCUGCAUACGAAGGAGGGACAGGCUUUUGCUGGGAAGGUUUGGGAUGAGACGUAUGAGGAGCUUCCUGUUGAUGUUGAUGGGAUUUUGAAGGCUUUGUAG